CACGUCAUAGAUCUCUGCGAGAGCAACAGAAGAACAAAGACUGUUCUUUUCCUCCUUAUCAUCAAAACAUACUUCACAUUUUUAUUCACUUCUUCCCAUGCUUCCACGAUCCUGCCCCCUCCCCACCUACACCUUUGUUUCUUUUAUAAUUUGUCUGUUUUAUUUCCCAUUUCUUUUGGGUUUCUUUAAGCAUUAGUUUCUUCUAUAUUAUUAAUAGCAAGUCCCAUACACAAACUGAAUGCUUCCUACCUGGGAAAAAGGGUUGCCUUAACACUUGAACAUGAUCUCAGUUGGUGCUCUUUCAAAUUCAAGGUCUUGACUUGAGUGGGAAUUGUGUAGAUUGAAAGUUUUGAGUCCUUUGGUUCAUGUGACGUACUUAAAGAGGCUUCUGCCUGAAAGUUUCUGACUUUUAGGGACUUGCUUAUUCUAGUUUUUGAUGUCAUUCUUGGUGGGUGUUAUUACAAGUUAGACUUAUAGGGUAGCUUAGAGUAAUUACAGAUACAGUUCUUUCUUGAUAGAAUUGAGUUCUUUUUGUUCUCUUUUCCUUUGAUGGGUUUUUGAAAGAAAAAAAGGCAUGUUACAGUUGAGAAAUACAUAUUUGGAUUUUAGCCCUUUAUUCUGGAUUAAAUUGAUUGUCUUCAUCUGAUGAUAUAUUGCAAAUAUCUGGAGACUUUCUUUUAUGAAAUUUAGGUAGGUAUUGGAGUUUUCCUGUGCAGCUGCCAAAUUUCACUUCUUUGGUUUCUGGAUUUGGACUUUACGUUUCCAAUGGCAUUUUACAGGCAUUAGCACUUUGGUGUUAUCUACAAGUCGAGUUUUCUGGAUCUGAGAAGUAAUGGUAGUUUGGUUUUCUCUUUUAAUUGAAAAGAUCACUGCUUUAUGACAGGUUUAGGUGUUUGGUUAAGUUUAGAUCUUUAACAAUAUCAGUGGGACUCUUGCUCCUUUCAAUCCAUCACUGCCAGUGUCCUUUGUUUUAGAGAGGUUUGGUUAGAGCUUGGAAGGCACAAGGUGUCUAAUUAAGAUAGCAGAGUUAGAGAGGUAAAAUUCUGUCUGUUUUUACAAAAUGGGGCAUUCAGCAGCAGAUUGGGAUUAUAGGGCAGCAAUUGAGAUUACAAAGGAUUGGAAUGGCGUAGAACAAGUCCUGCUUCAGAACCAGCAAGGGGCUUCAGCCCGGGUUAGCUUACAUGGAGGACAGGUCACUUCCUGGAGGAAUAAGCACGGGGAAGAACUCCUAUUCACUAGUAGUAAGGCAAUCUUCAAGCCUCCAAAAGCAAUGCGAGGAGGAAUUCCCAUUUGUUUUCCGCAGUUUGGGAACUGUGGAUCACUUGAACAGCAUGGUUUUGCGAGGAACAAGGUCUGGGCGAUUGAUGAUAAUCCUCAGCUGCAUCCGCCAAACGAUUCCCAUGGAAAAUCCUUCAUUGAUCUACUGCUUAAACCAUCUGAAGAUGACCUGAAGUGCUGGCCUCAUAGCUUUGAGUUUCGCCUUAGGGUGUCUCUUGCAACAAGUGGAUAUCUGACCAUGACAUCACGAGUUAGGAAUGUCAAUGGCAAGCCGUUCAGUUUCUCGUUUGCCUACCAUACUUAUUUUUUGGUUUCUGACAUAAGUGAGGUGAGGAUAGAAGGGCUGGAGACACUUGAUUACUUAGACAACCUUUGCGAAAGAAAACGUUUUACAGAACAAGGAGAUGCCAUCACUUUUGAAUCUGAGGUCAGUCGUCUGUAUCUAAGUUCGCCAAAUGUAAUUGCAGUCCUUGAUCAUGAGAAAAAGCGGACAUAUGUAAUCAGAAAGGAAGGACUACCAGAUGUUUUUGUUUGGAAUCCAUGGGAGAAGAAAUCGAAAUCUAUGGUUGAUUUUGGCGAUGAGGAGUACAAACAUAUGCUUUGUGUGGACGGGGCAGCGAUCGAGAAACCUAUCACCUUGAAGCCAGGCGAGGAAUGGACAGGGCGGUUGCAGCUAUCAGUUGUGCCUUCGAGUUUCUGUAGUGAGCACCUUGAUCUUUAGAAGGGAGGGUUUUGAAGAACAGUACAGGGUUAUUAGGGUAAAGUGCUUUAGUUUUUGUUGGACUAGGCUGCUAGCUGAGAUUGUACAAGGGUCCUGUUGUAGCUUAUAAAAAAUCUUGAAAUGUAACACUCAGACCCUCCUCUCAUUCUAUCUUUUAAUUUCUCUGUAAAA